CAAGAAAUAUAAAAUUAAUAAAGUAUUGUGAUGCACCCAGGACCCGGCGUGCGUGAUGUUCUUCGAGCCGAUGCUGACGGCGCCCCUGCCCCGCAGCGAGCCAUUCUCUCUGCAGCAACUCGCGCGGGCCGUCAUCGUCUCCCACACUAGCUACGACGGAGUGGAGAAGCUGCCCCUCCCGCCUCGCCUCCGGCUGUACCUAAAAGAGUACCACUACCGACAGAGGGUCCGCAUCCGACGCCUGGAACCUGACCUCUACGAGCAGCAUCACUGCUAGCACCCAGCUUAAUGUCUCACGCCGCAACGUUAUACCACGCCCCGGAUUCUAACACAAGUAAAAUGUCACAAAUUUGAGUGGACCAUAGUUGCCCGAAAACGGUAGUUUCCAACUAGUCAAAUUCAAUACUUUUAUCCGAAUGUCAAAAACGAUACUUUUCUAUGAAAUUUGUAUGAAAAACUGAGUCAUGACGUUAUAGUGUUUUUGCGUCAAAUAGCUUACUUAUUUCUUGAAAAAUUAGCUACAAAAAAAUAUGGAAAAUUUUCUGUAUCGAUCGAUCGAUGAAUAAAAGUAUGUAUAGAUAUUUUUUCUUUCAAUAUUUUAUUGUAUUGAAACGUCGAAUUAAUUUAUUUUUGACCUAGGAAACUACCCAAUUGAACAAGUAUUACUCUAAAACCCAAGUUGAAAUGAUACAAAAUUGACCUCUUGAAAUAUGACUAGAGAAAGCUAUACAUGUCGCCACCCAUUUUGAACCUAAUCGCCAUUG